AUGCCUCCUCGUAAACGGAAGUCAGCAGCCAGGAAGCAGUCGCCGAGCAUUAGUAGUGUUCACCUCGAGACUGAAGCUCCAAAUGGCAAUGCGAUCAAAUUCUGCGAUGUCCAAGACGCAUUGUCACCCUUUACGGGUGAUGGUCAUUGUUCAGUGGCGAAGUGGCUCAACGACUUCGAGGAAAUGGCGUUGUUGUGUGCUUGGUCAGAACUACACAAGUUUAUUUACUGUAAACGCUUGCUCUCAGGAACGGCGCAGGCUUUUGUUAGGUCAGAGGAUGGUUUGAGCUCAUGGACAGUGUUACGCGCUCGGUUACUUAGUGAAUUUCGUAGUCGGCUAACAUCAGCAGAUGUCCACCGAUUGCUCUCCACCGAUUUUAAGCAAAAAGACGAAACGUUGUUGCAAUACCUGUAUCGAAUGCGCGAACUGGCGAUGCAAGGAGGUGUCCCUGAUGACGCGCUGAUGGACUACGUCAUUGGUGGAAUUCCAGAUGCAGUGGUUAACAAAAGUAUGCUUUAUGGUGCAACUUCCAUCCCCGAAUUCAAAAUUAAAUUGGAGCUGUAUGAGAGGAUGUGCGAAAGACGGAACGCCGAAUCCAAGUAUAGUAUGCCACCUGCCCCUGCACAUAAUGUCCCAGCGGAAGUAAGAUGUUACAAUUGUGGCGAUCGAGGACACCAGUCGCGAGAGUGUCCCGAUGCGGGUAAAGGACCCAAAUGUUUUGCCUGUCGAGGGUACGGGCAUAAAUCGUUUGCUUGUCCCACCAAGUCUGAUAACCAGCAUGCAGGUAGAAUAGACCCGCCGAUGUCUACCAGGUCAACGGUCACAAUACGGAUGUUGAGUGGCAUACAUAGCAUCCCGAGCCGUACACAGUUGAAUGGACCAGCUAACGCGUACUUUCAUACGGAUCGUCGUUUCGAAUGUAACCUAACCGUGGAUGGAGAAAGCUACCAAGUUGAUGUGCAUUCUGUACCCGAUAGUGCCAUAGGGUAUGAUGUUAUUUUAGGUCGACCAUUAUUCCAGACUAAUGCGGUACUAAGGGUAAGCCCUCAGUCUGUGACCAUUACUCAUGUCAAUACUGCCCAGCAGUUAAUGAACAUCAACACUAAUGUCAACGAGUUGGAUGAAGGCGUGGGAACUCAAUCGGUCGUAGUGCAGGAAUUGAUCGAUGCAUACCACCCAGUUCAAGGUGUUACUGCCCCAAUGAAAAAGGUCAUUGUCCUGCAUGAUGAGACUCCAGUAUUCCAGCGACCCAGGAGAUUGGCGCCGCAAGAAAAGAUGGCAGUAGAUAAACAGAUCCAGGAAUGGUUAUCCGAAGGUAUCAUACAACCCAGUUGCUCGGAGUAUGCCAGUCCCGUCGUGUUGGUCAAGAAGAGGGAUGACACACUUCGACUCUGUAUCGAUUUCCGCGAGUUAAAUAAAAAAAAUGAAAGGGACCAUUACCCGUUGCCAUUAAUUGACGACCAGAUUGACCGCCUACGAGGCGCAGUAGUUUUCUCGACACUAGAUCUGCGAAAUGGAUUUUUUCAUGUUCCAGUGGAUGAUGAUAGCAUCAAAUAUACCUCGUUUGUUGUACCUAACGGUCAGUACGAGUUCCUACGCACACCAUUUGGACUAUGUAUAUCACCACCCAUGUUUCAGAGAUAU